AUGGAUGCUCUUGACAUUGAUAAGUGGAAGACAUCAAAGGAAAGCUUUAAGACAUCCAUUGGUAUCUUUGGCAUCGUCAUAUUACUCAUAUUACUGGGACGAGCGGCAUUUGUUUUCCCAAUAUCCAUUUUGUCAAAUACCAUGAGUGGAAGUUCCGAGAGAACCCCGAUCACAUUCAAGCACCAGGUUGUUAUUUGGUGGGCUGGGCUCAUGAGAGGUGCUGUUUCGAUUGCACUAGCAUACAAUCAGUUCACAUUCUCAGGUGUAACAUCGGAUCCAGUUCAUGCCACCAUCAUCACCAGCACAAUCGUUGUCGUAUUCUUCACCACUCUGGUGUUUGGCUUCCUGACCAGGCCCCUCAUUAGUGCCAUGCUCCCGCGUCACUCGAGGGCGCUGUCCAGAGGCCAUAGCACAGGCAGCAACUCCCCAAAGGAUGACUUCACCCUGCCGUUUCUAUCGGCUGAUGAAGGCACGUCAGGCAGCGGUAUUGUCUUGGAGCAGGCCAAGAGGAGCUUAUCUAUGAUGCUGGAGAGGCCUGUCCACACGGUUCACAUCUACUGGAGGAAGUUCGAUGACAGGUUCAUGAGGCCAAUCUUUGGUGGACCGCAGUCAUACUGA